ACGAGUGCGAGACAUAAAAGAAAUAAAUUAUAUACUACUACACAGUGCACAGAGAGAUCAGAUAAGGAAGAAGAAUUCAGAUUGGAAAGAAUGCCAAAGAGAACAACCCACACGUACUCAAGCGAGGACGCAGCACCAGAUGGACCUGACUCCGAUCUCUUCGUCUAUUACUGCAAGCACUGUGCCUCUCAUGUCCUCAUCACAGAUACCCAGUUGCAGAAAAUGCCCAAAAGGAAGACAGACAAAGCGUAUGUGUUGGACAAGACAAAGCAUCUUGCUAGGUUGAACAUCAAUGAUGCUGGAAAAGUUCUCUUGAAGCGGGGUGAAGGGAAAUUGGAGAAGCAAUUCCGUAUGAACUGUAUGGGUUGUGGGCUCUUUGUCUGCUACCGCUCAGAAGAAGAUUUGGAAGUUGCUUCUUUCAUCUAUGUUGUUGAUGGUGCCCUUAGCACAGUUGCUGCUGAAACAAACCCACAGGAUGCUCCUGUUCCACCUUGUAUAUCACAGUUAGAAGGAGGACUCGUUCAAGUUGCUAUAGAAGUUGAAGAUCGUGCCCAACGCUCAGCAAUCACAAGAGUGAAUGCUGAUGAUGUUCGUGUUACGGUAGCUGCACCUGCAGCCCGUGGGGAAGCAAAUAAUGAACUUUUGGAAUUCAUGGGCAAAGUGUUGGGUCUGAGAUUAAGCCAGAUGACUCUCCAACGAGGGUGGAAUAACAAAUCUAAACUCCUUGUGGUGGAAGAUUUGUCUGCUAGACAGGUAUAUGAAAAACUUCUGGAAGCUGUGCAACCUUGAAGCUCCUUUUGGAUGCAUAUUGGGUUUGAGUCUUGCAACAUUCUUUGUUGCAUGGGCAAGUUUUGAGCAUGUGUUGUAAUUCAACUAUACAACGUUGUUAUUCAGCUUCAUUCAGUUUUAAUGAUUUUCACUAUCCAUGUAGGCUUACGAUCAAAUUAAGUUUUUAUGUUUCUUUUUCCCAAA